AUGAUAAACUACCUACAUCUUCUAUCCGGUGGCCUUCUGGCCCUUGUGACACCCGCCUUUGCACAAUUACCCUACAAUCCGACUCAAGUCCUGCCUUUGCAAGAUGGCUCCGGUGCCUACCUGAUAUCCCCGCAGCCAUCGUCUUCGCAAUGUUCGCUGUCAAUCCUAGAUACCUCCAAGACCAUAAGUUCAACCACCUCGGCGAAACAACUACAGGACAACCUACCAUUUCUGUCCGGUGGUGUCUCCAAGGCAUUCGUUGCAAUUCACGACCCUCAGGGCAUAAGUGUACUGGCAGGCAAUUGUCAUGACGCAAAAGAAGACCUGAAAUUGUGGAAAUUUACGAGAAACGAGACCGACAAUAAUGGGACGUGGACAACUCAGCCUUUGAAUGCUGCAGAUGCUUCUUUGAGUGCAAAAUAUCUUUCUGCGGGUUUCACAUUUUCUCAAACAACAUCAAUCGAAGAUGCCUCCUUAUUUGUGUUUGGUGGCAUGUGCCCCAAUGACACGGCAGCAGAUGCUGCCGACUGGACGGUAGAUGCUACUUAUUCGAAUACUAUGCUGACACUGGCCGCCCUCUCGCCGCUGGAUGGCAGCUCCCAAUACCAAGUCUCCCUGACUGGAUCCAGGGCGCCACCGAUACCUGAAGCAGGACUCACUAUCACACCAUUGGCACCGACAUUCUCCAACACCACAGGGUCAAAUGUGUCUCAACAACAGAACUUUGUUCUUCUCGGUGGACAUACCCAGACUGCCUUCCUCAACAUGUCGCAACUGGCCAUUUUUUCCCUGCCUCAGCAAUCUUGGGCCUUUGUUGCAGUAUCACAACCAUCUUCCGGCACUAGGAGGCUCAAAUCGAGAGAUUUGCCAGUGGUCGAACCUCGAUCAGGACAUACGGCCGUUUUGACAUCCGACGGCUCGAAGAUAGUUGUCCUUGGUGGUUGGGUGGGCAAUGUUUCUAACCCUGCACUGCCUCAAGUGGUGGUUUUGGAGCUUGGCCAAGGCUUCGGUGGUCAGGGUGAGUGGGCUUGGACUAUUCCAACCACAAGUGGAAGUCCAUUUUCUUCUGGCCAGGGCAUCUAUGGCCAUGGCGCGGGAAUGCUUCCGGGCGAUGUGAUGAUGGUGGCAGGAGGCUACUUGAUCGACUCUUCGACUUCUAACCAGAGACGACAACUGCAAGAUAACACCUAUUUCUUCAACACAACCUCAUUGACAUGGGCCGAGACCUACACAAACCCUUUUCCAUCAGGUUCGUCAUCCGGCUCCAGCCAAGUUCAAGCUGGCUCGACGGGGUUGAAGCCAUCUGAGAAGGCAGGGCUUGGAGCAGGGCUGGGCGUUGGUUUGGCUGUAGCCAUCGGCGUAGCUAUUGUCUGGCUCCUCUAUUCGCGGAAGCUCCGUGCAAGGAGGGCACUGCGGGAGAAGGAACUUCGAGAGUUGGCACUAGGUGCUGAGCGGUUGUACACACCCGCCCCAACUGGGGACUAUGGUUCGAGAUAUCCUGACAUGCGAUCUGCCAGCUGGGGUGGUCUUCAGGAGAGACAGAUCGAGUCGACAACUUCUUUCCAUAAGGACUUCAUAGCCGACGAUCCUGGAGGCUACGCUCCUCACUAUGCAGAAAGAACUGGCGCACUCGUGGAAGUUCCUAGCCCUACGCGAGGGCUCAGAAAGAAUCUGAACACAAGAAAUCCUUCAGCUUUUGGAGCAUACCAUCAACAUCCUGCAGCGGGAAUACCUGGUCCCGUUUUCCGUAUUGACGAAGAGGAUGAAAGCAGUCAGCCUGGGUCACUCAAGCGCAGGAAAUCACCACAUCUCCCAGCUGACCGGACCUCAGUGGCGAGUGAUCCAUUCAAGGAUCCUCCGGGCGCUGCAAACAGUUCCCGACCUAGUCACGCUGCCCAUGAACGUCAGAAGGAGGUAGAAGGUUGGGUAGAGGACUGGCAAUCCGCCGCGGAAAGCAUGACGAUUUCCAGAAGCACUAGCCAGGCGCACAGCAGGACCUAUUCAAACUUGUCACAAUUCAGGUCCCAAACACAAGGAGACAAUUCAGGUCGAGGAUCUCCAGAAAAAUCCGAUCGCACCGGGAGUAAUCUUUCGGAGAAGAGCAUUUCAAGUGCAUCUGACUAUUCGAGAUCUGUUCCGGGUACAGUAUCAAGGACAUUGUCGCAACGAAGCGUCAGUGCAGGGUACGCUCUCUUUUCGGGAGCUGCAGCAGCUAUGAAUAGACUGGGAGGUUCACGACCGAAUACAAGCGAACAAGAGAGUCCAGUCGAUAUUGCGAGGGCCCCUUCGAGCCGCAGCGUCUCACUUAACAUGGAACCCAACUUGAGGACUUGCGGUGAGACGUUUUCGUCGGCAAGAAAUGCUUUCAAGCCAGUAAGACCGAGUGAGAACCAGGCACUCAUUAACAGAAAUCCAACUCGGCUGCAGCAAGAGACUGGAGAAUAUCAAGGAGUCGAAUGGAGUCCCAGCAAGGACAAGUAUGCUCGAGCUGGGAGCCUUACCGGCUCAGGUCGUAGAGCACUGAAUCUGCUUGGAAGUGUGAAGCGGGUCUUCACAGGAACUGGCAGUGUCGAUGUGAAUGAUCGUGUGGCCACACUCGAGGGCAGGAGUGGGCAAUCCAGUCCUACGAAGCACUCUGGUCAGCCGGAAAUGGCAGAAACGGCCCCCCGAAGAACCCUGAGUGCAGGUGCAUCAUUCUGGCGUGAGAAACAGGGGCCAGAGGAUUGGAAUAGCACGACGAACACCGGCCCAGCUUCAUCUGUUCGAAGACGACCUGUUCCAGGCUUGGUCAUCAACGAUAAUAACGGGGCCUUAGAGGACGACGAUGCGGAUUGGGAUGUUGAGACGGCGGUACAGCAACGGGUGGUCCAAGUGAUGUUCACGGUGCCCAAAGAGAAGCUUAGAGUGGUUAACGCGGACGCGCUGAGUUUGCUGAGCAGUAACCGGAGCGAAGCAGAUCAAGACGAUGACAAGGAGAGAGAGCAACUGAAAAGGAUGAGCAGUGUCCGGGAGGGCGAUGAGGACUACGACCAUAAUGAUACAGAGUCAGGGUGGAAGGGGAAGGGGAAGGAAAGGGCAGGAUAG